AUGGGUAAUACCAAAGAUGCGUCAAAUCUGACAACAUUGUCGCCAGUGCGCCGUAAGCGGAAAGCGGCAGGCGAAUUGGAUUUGAGCACGGCGGCGGCGCAUCGCGGAACACUUGGCGCCAACAACAACAGCGCCAAAAAAUCCACGUCACGCGACGAGGAAAAGGAGAAUUUGUUGCUGGAAAAACGACGCAAAUCGAAUUCGAAGUCGACGUCGCCGGCGGCGAAUUCGCCGCGAAAAAAGUCGCAGCGACGCGUUUCGCACGCGCAACAACAACAAAAAGCGGUUUCGAGACGCAAAAAUGCGGCGCCGCGGAAAUUGGAGGAUUUGAAACGCGACGCGGAAAGCGGAAAGGAUCGUUUGAAUGCUGGUGAGUUUUUUGAGAUUUUGAAAAAUUCGAUGUUUUGCUGAAUUCCUUUAGAAAUUAAUUUUUUGCCCCAAUUUUCAGCAUUUUCAGCUCGAAAAUUCUUAAAAUUUGAAAAACCAAAAAAUUAUACGUUUCAAAGAUUUUAUGAGAUUUUUUCUAAAAUUUUGAAAAAUCGAUAUUUCUCUGAAUUUCGUUAGAAAUUUUAAAAAUUAAUUUUUGCUCUGAUUUUCAGCAUUUUCAGCUUGAAAAUUUGAACAAUUUUCCAUUUUUUACCCAAAUUUUUUCUAUUUGAAAAUUAAUUUUUUUUUCUAUUUAAAAAUUAAUUUUUGCCUUGAUUUUCAGCAUUUUCAGCUUGAUUUGAAAAACCAAAAAAAUAUACGUUUCAAAGUUUUCAUGAGAUUUUUUCUAAAAUUUUGAAAAAUCGAUAUUUUGCUGACAUCCUUUAGAAAUUUUGAAAAUUAAGCAUUUUCAGCUUGAAAAUUCUAAAAAUUUUGAAAAACCAAAAAAUUAUACGUUUCAAAGAUUUUAUGAGAUUUUUUUCUAAAAUUUUGAAAAAUCGAUCUUUUAGAAAUUUUAAAAAUUAAUUUUUGCCUUGAUUUUCAGCAUUUUCAGCUUAAAAAAUUUUCAAAAUUUCUGGAAUUUUUGAAACGUAAAAAAUCUGGUAAAUUUUGAAUUUUUCAUUUUUUCAGACCAACUUCUCACCGAAUUUCUGUCAUUUCAAAAUAAUGCUUCUCAACUCACAACAAACACUUUUUUAUGCCGAAAUAUUAGGAAAAAUUUGGAGAAAAAAUCCGGGGAAAAACCAAAAUUUAAUGCGAAAAUCGGAUAUGAUUUGCUGAAAAAAAUGAGAAGUCAAAUGAUGAAACAAAAUGGAGAUCGGCCGAUUUUCACAAUGGAAUUUGAUAAAAUUUUGAAUUGGCCAGAUACUUUGGAAUUGGAGUACUGUAAUGGUUAGUGGAAAAUUGUGCUGAAAAUAUUUAUUUUUUUUGAUUUUCAGACAUCACAGCGACUUCUACUGUGAAAUUUUCAGUUUUAUUGGUUGAUGAGCAGAAAAAUGUGAAGAUGGUGGGUUUUUUUGGGGAAAUUUUUUGAAAUUUUAAGAAUUUUCAAGCUGAAAAUGCUGAAAAUCGGGGACAAAAUUAAUUUUUAAAAUAGAAAUAUAAAAAAAAUGUCUGAAAUUUCCCAAAAAAAAAAUGAAAAAUGUUUCAAAUUUUAAGAAUUUUCAAGCUGAAAAUGCUGAAAAUCAGGUUAAAAAAUUAAUUUUUAAAAUUUCUAAAAGAAUUCUGAGAAAAAUCGAUUUUUCAAAAUUUUAGAAAAAAUCUCAUAAAAUCUUUGAAACGUAUAAUUUUUUGGUUUUUUAAAUUAUUAGAAUUUUCAAGCUGAAAAUGCUGAAAAUUAGGGAAAAAAAUUAAUUUUCGAAAUUUCUAAAAGAAUUCUGAGAAAAAUCGAUUUUUAAAAAUUUUAGAAAAAAAUCUCAUAAAAUAUUUGAAACGUAUGAUUUUUUGGUUUUUUAAAUUUUAAGAAUUUUCCAGCUGAAAAUGCUGAAAAUCAGGUUAAAAAAUUAAUUUUCGAAAUUUCUAACUGAAUUCAGAAAAACAUCGAUUUUUCAAAAUUUUAGAAAGAAUCUCAUAAAAUCUUUGAAACGUAUAAUUUUUUGGUUUUUUAAAUUAUUAGAAUUUUCAAGCUGAAAAUGCUGAAAAUUAGGGAAAAAAAUUAAUUUUCGAAAUUUCUAAAAGAAUUCUGAGAAAAAUCGAUUUUUAAAAAUUUUAGAAAAAAAUCUCAUAAAAUAUUUGAAACGUAUGAUUUUUUGGUUUUUUAAAUUUUAAGAAUUUUCCAGCUGAAAAUGCUGAAAAUCAAGGAAAAAAUUAAUUUUCAAAUAGAAAAAAAAUAAUUUUCAAAUAGAAAAAAAUUGGGUAAAAAAUGGAAAAUUUUAACAAUUUUCAAGCUGAAAAUGCUGAAAAUCAAGGCGAAAAUUAAUUUUUAAAUAGAAAUUUAAAAAAAAACUGAAAUUUCCCAAAAAAAAUGGAAAAUUUUCAAGCUGAAAAUCAGGGAAAAAAUUAAUUCUUAAAAUUUUAGAAAAAAUCUCAUAAAAAUUUUGAAACGUAUAAUUUUUUGGUUUUUCAAAUUUUAAGAAUUUUCAAGCUGAAAAUGCUGAAAAUCGGGGAAAAAAUUAAUAUUCAAGUAGAAAACAUUAAAAACUGUCUGAAAUUUCCCAAAAAAAUGGAAAAUGUUUCAAAUUUUAAGAAUUUUCAAGCUGAAAAUGCUGAAAAAAAUUAAUUUUCGAAAUAUUUCCAGUUUCCCGCCGGUUUUGCCAUUGUUCCCCUCUUCAAACACAUCGAGGAAAACUUCAGCGAAGAAGAUCGCAUGAAAUCGUCGACGCUGAAAUUGCGACAAUUCUCGUGCCCGCAAAAAUUGGUCAACGAAUCGCACGAGAUUUAUUUGUUGGUUGAGGCGAGUCGAAUGAUGAACAAGGAAUGCGAGAAGAUUUUGGGAGAAGGAAGUGAGUUUUUGGCGCUGAAAAUUCUGAAAAUCCACAAAAUUUCCAGAAAGAAUUCGCUCAACUGCCACCAAAUCCAAGGAUCUGAAACCCAAAAAUUUGUCGAUGGAUUUGAAGGAUUAUGUUGAGGUGAGGACUCGAAAUCUAGAUUUUUCGGGAAUUUUUGAGCUCAAGGCGCUGCUCCUAGACAGCUAGAUUCUCUAGGCUCAGCUGCUUGACAAAUAUUCUCUCUAGGCUCGGCUCCUAGACAACUAGGUUCUCUAGGCUCAGCUGCUUGAAAUCAAGGUUCUCUAGGCUCGGCUGCUUGACAGAAAGGUUCUCUAGACUCAGCUGCUUGAGAAGAAGGGUCUCUAGGCUCAGCUGCUUGACAGAAAGGUUCUCUAGGCGUGGCUCCUAGACAGCUAGGUUCUCUAGGCUCGGCUACUAGACAGCUAGAUUCUCUAGGCUCGGCUGCUUGGAAAGUAGGAUGUAUAGGCGUGGCUCCUAGACAGCUAGGUUCUCUAGGCUCAGCUGCUUGACAGCUAGAUUCUCAAGGCUCGGCUCCUAGACAGCUAGGCUCAACUGCUUGCCAACAAGGUUCUCUAGGCGUGGCUCCUAGACAUCUAGGUUCUCUAGGCUCAGCUGCUUGACAGCUAGGUUCUCUAAGCUCGGCUGCUUGACAACAUGAUUUUUCCAGAUCAAAACCUUUGGCUGCACCCUAAUCUACAAAUCCGACGCCAAAAAUCAACUCAACUGCACCAUCGAAGGUAUCUCGCGUGUCUCACUUCACGAAUUCCGCGAUCAAAAAUUGGAGGUGGAGAAUCUACGCGCCCUGAAUUCCACCAACAAAAAUCCGCCACCAAAUCAACCCGGUCUGAUCAUCUCGACUUUUGGUCAAGCAAAAUACAAGGAGAUUCGGAAUCCGAAUCAGAUUCCGAUGCCAAGAUCUUCUAGACCACCCAGAAGAUCGGCCACCACCACCACCACCAAAAUCCCCACAAAUUGGCAGCUGAACUGCGAGCGACAUCCGUUGCUGGAGCGCAACAUUUGUCCGAUUUCGUUGCGGCGAUUUGCGGACGCGGAAAGCUUUGCGGAAUAUCUCCGCUUCCGCUUCCCGUGUUUCACGUUUGAUUUGCGACGUGGCAAAAUUUCGCGGAAUUUGGAGUAUUUUACAAAAACUGCGAAGACGACGAAAUUCGAGGGAUUUGUGUUCAAAAAAGGCGCCGCCCAGCGUCCAAAAAUCGCCGCCGCUUCUGCCGCCGCGGCGGCGAAAGAGUCUGACGAUUCGGAAGAUGAGGAGGAGGUUGUACAUUUGGCGACGAUGAGCGCAUGCCGUGAGGAAGUAUUCCCGAGUUGCCCGUUCCGCUACGCGACGCGGAAAGAUGCGGAAUUCGCGUUGCCGCUUCCCAAGCGAAAGUCGCGGAAACCUGCCGCGCCUGCGCCGCAACCUUUGCCGAAAAUGUCUGCGGAUGGUCCGAGCUUGCGGAAACGUGCGCAUGUCUCGCCGGAAAAGAAGCCGACGCCGCGCGGAACACAAGCGGAAGCGGAAGAGGAGGAGGAGGAGCCACAAAAAGACAAUCGAUUGAAGGUGUUGUGUGAGAAGUUUUUGGGGGCGUCACUGUCGCGGAAAGAAGCGGAAGCGGAAGCGGAACAGCGAGUUUUUGAGACGAGCAUGCCCAGAGAGAAUUCGGCAGUGUUGAAUGGGAUUUUUUUGAGAGAGGAGGUGAGUUGUGGGGUACGCAGCCAAUUUUCAAACGUUAACUGAGUAUCUAAUGUUGUAGAUCAUGAAAAAUGCAGAAUUUUGAUACUAAACAAGCCAUAUUUUGAUGUUUAAAUUUGGCUGAGUAUCUAAUGUGGUACGCAGCCAAUUUGAGCGUUAACUGAGUAUCUAAUGUUGUAGAUCAUGAAAAUUCGCGAUUUUUCGCUCAAAAAUCCCCCAAAUUUCUCAAUUUUUUCCAGUUUCUCUCCAAUUUCGAAUCACAUGAUCCAGAAAAUUCGGAAUUCAAAGUCGAAAAUUUCCAACUCGAUAAAGAACAAGUUAUCCUAUAUCGUCAAAAACAAAUCGAAGCAAUUGAGGAAGUUCGAAAAGAGGAAAGUCGAAAACGACGAAAAAAGGGAGCAAAACGGGCGGGAGUUGUGAGAAAAGUGAGUUUUUAAGUGAAAAAUUUGAAAAAUUCAUGAUUUUCUGAUGAAAAAACGGGAAAUUUCAAGGUUUUUAACCUGAAAAUUGAGAUUUUUAGUAAUAUGAGCAAUCUAGAAAAAUCCAGAGUUUAAUAUGAGCAAUGCUUGGAUUUCCUGAAGAAAUUCUGAAUUUUUGAGUUUAAUAUGAGCAAUGCUUGGAUUUUCUGAAGAAAUUCUGAAUUUUUGAGUUUAAUAUGAGCAAUGCUUGGAUUUCCUGAAGAAAUUCUGAAUUUUUGAGUUUAAUAUGAGAAAUGCGUGGAUUUCCUGAAGAAAUUCUGAAUUUUUGAGUUUAAUAUGAGCAAUGCUUGGAUUUUCUGAAGAAAUUCUGAAUUUUUGAGUUUAAUAUGAGCAAUGCUUGGAUUUCCUGAAGAAAUUUGGGAUUUUUGAGUUUAAUAUGAGCAAUUCUUGGAUUUCCUGAAGAAAUUUGGAAUUUUUGAGUUUAAUAUGAGCAAUGCUUGGAUUUUCUGAAGAAAUUUAGGAUUUUUUGAGUUUAAUAUGAGCAAUGCUUGGAUUUUCUGAAGAAAUUUAGGUUUUUUCGCUAAAUUUCAGAGUUUAAUAUGAGCAAUACUGUGUUUUUCGUGAAUUUUUCAUCAAAAAUGACCGUUUUUGCAGCCGCAACCAACUGGAAAUGAGCCGAAAGCCGACAAAAAUCUGAAUCAACUUGCCGUGCCCGCUGAAAAUGGUGGAAUCGAUUUGGAUAUUGAAGGAUUUGCGAUUCCCGUCGAAGGAUGUUUGCAUUUUGAUCCGAUUGUCCAAAUCAAAUAUGAUUUUUUGUUGAGAUGGUGGGUUUUUUUGGGCGGGAAAUUUGAGUUUUUUGCAAUUUUUAACCGAAAAAUUCGGUUUUUUUGCAAUUUUUGCACGCGGAAAUGUUCAAAUUUCGAAAAUUUGAAUUUUGCCGCCAAUUUUUUGCCACGUAAGCGUGGAGCAUCGUAGUUUUCUCCAAAAAUCACCCUGUAAACCUGGAUAAUCGUAGUUUUCUCCAAAAAUCACCCUGUAAACCUGGAUAAUCGUAGUUUUCUCCAAAAAUCACCCUGUAAACCUGGAGCAUCGUAGUUUUCUCCAAAAACCACCCUGUAAACCUGGAGCAUCGUAGUUUUCUCCAAAAAUCACCCUGUAAACCUGGAGCAUCGUAGUUUUCUCCAAAAACCACCCUGUAAACCUGGAGCAUCGUAGUUUUCUCCAAAAACCACCCUGUAAACCUGGAGCAUCGUAGUUUUCUCCAAAAACCACCCUGUAAACCUGGAGCAUCGUAGUUUUCUCCAAAAAUCACCCUGUAAACCUGGAGCAUCGUAGUUUUCUCCAAAAUCACUCAAAAAUCACCGCGUAAACCCGGAACAUCGUAGUUUUCUCCAAAAACCACCCUGUAAACGCGGAGCAUCGUAGUUUUCUCCAAAAUCACUCAAAAAUCACCGCGUAAACGUGGAGCAUCGUAGUUUUCUCCAAAAAUCACCGCGUAAACGUGGAGCAUCGUAGCUUUCUCCAAAAAUCAUUCAAAAAUCACCGCGUAAACGAGGAGCAUCGUAGUUUUUCUUGCAGCUUCUACGCCGACGCCGGUCACCGCACAAAUCCAGCCUCAGCCACUCGCAAAUCUUCAAUGAUGACCCAAUUCAUCUCCACCUAUCACACCAAAAUUUUCAGCCAAAAUCUGGCUGAAAUCUAUCUGAAACACCUCCAACUCAUGUUCAUCGAUGAGAAAAAUCCCAUCCAUUAUCUCACACCACUUAACCGCUUUUUAGAACAAAUGAAGGCGUGGGAUGAGAGGCCUGGACCAUCGAACCGAAGCCCAUAA